GCAGAAAUGAGACGUUUACGAAAUUGCGGUCAGAUUUUAGGCGCUGAGUUUGUUGUUUUUGCUCGAGGUACUACCAUUCAUGGCGUGCCCAAUAUGGCGGCGAAAAAAUUACAUCCCCUUGAACGUUUAUUUUGGAGCAUAAUCAUUGCCCUGGCUAUUUAUGCAGCUAUACUUCUCUCUGUACAAAAUGUCAACCGGUACUACGCGAAUCCUACAGUGGUAUCCAUUCAGAAAGACUAUCGCAAUUGGUUUAAUCCUUUUCCAAGCGCUACUGCAUGUUUUGUAAAUAAAGUAGAUGAAGUGUUUGUCGACGAAUACAUCGAGGAAACGUGGGGUUUAAAUGAAUCAGAUUCUAAGUAUGAAUACUACAGAGAAUUUGUUACAACUGUUGCAAAUAUUUCUUAUACUUCGCUGCAUCGUUUGGAAAAGUUUGCGCAAGAUGAUGAAUUGAAAGCUAUUGAUUUAUUGGAGCUUGCAGCAAAGGUACAUCCGGAAUUAACAGGAAAUUUAGUUACGUUUGAUACACAAAGAAAAACUGACUGGCAUUUGGUUAUGACUGAGCUGGGGAUUUGUUUCUCUGUGAAUACAAAAAUGGCCAAACAUUUCACCUACAGUGUAAUGGGUCCCAAUUCUACCAUUAUCGGCAGUAGUAAUCUUCCGAAUGAAGAACACAUUCUACAUUGUCAUUAUUUAAAUGGAUUAUGCUAUGCUCGAUAUGAUUCAGAUCCAUUAGCGCCAUUACAGAUUUAUGUUCAUUCAUAUUUGGAUAUUGCGCAUGCAACCAGUGAAGCACCUCUUCAUGUCAAAGAAAGCGAAGAAUUGGAGAUUAACUUCAAAAUGCAGCAUGCGAGCGCAAAUCCCAAACUGAAAACUUUAUCACCCGCCCAGCGCAAGUGUCGUUUUGAUGAUGAACCUCUCACUAAAGAUAUUCCUGCAUAUAGCACGAGUAUUUGUUACAUGGCAUGUCGACUUAAGUUGGUUAAGAAGCUGUGUGGAUGUCGGCCAUUUUUCUAUCAUAAGUUUUCUGGCAGAGAAUGCGAUUUAUCUGAAUUAUUAUGCGUUGCUAAAUAUAGCAAAGAAAUAACUAGACCGCCAACUGAGCUGGGGUGUAAUUGUCCUGAACCAUGUGAUUUUAUUAAAUAUCUUGCUGAAGCUCCAAAAGUAACCAUGUGGGAGUAUGGAUACUUUGAUCAAAGAUUAACAUUUCGUUGGGGACUCUUACCACCAACCACAAAGUAUCACAGGGAUAUAAUUUUUGGGUUUGAUGACUUAAUAGUGUCAAUCGGUGGAACUUUGGCUUUACUCUUGGGUGUUAGUUUCAUCACUGCGAUGGAGAUCAUUUUCUUUGUGAUUCAUUUGAUUAUCGUUGUUCUCUUGCCACGAAAACAAGAAAAACGAUUAAUUAAAACCAAAUCAGGUUCGAAUAAUGCGAUAAAGUGGAAUAAUCCUUCAAAACUACGCAAAAUAUCAAGUAAUUCCGAUAAAACUAGUAAACCACAAGUCUACAUAAUCAAAAAACAAGUAAAUCGCGGAACUUUGUUUAUUCCUUAUCUUGAUUAGAUUUCAAGUAUCAGUCUAUUAAUUUACGCAUUUAAAUAUUGACAAAUUUAAAUUUAAAAGAAACCACUAUUCAUGUGUUAUCUCCCUCG